UAAAUCGUAUUCUUGGUGACUUGAACGAAGGGAGAAGAUGUCAGCUGAAGAAGAUCUCUCCUGUCCAGUGUGUUAUGACAUCUUCAAAGAUCCUGUUGUCCUGUCAUGCUGCCAUAGCAUCUGUAAAGGGUGCCUGGAAGAAUUCUGGAGAAAAAAGGAAAGGCGCGAGUGUCCAGUGUGCAAAGUGCUGAAUCUAUACGAACCCGAAUCUAACACCGCAUUGAAGAUUCUGUGCGAGUCUCACUUAGAGGAAUACAGACAGAGAUAUGCAGCGGGCUCUGAACAGCACUGCAGCUUACACAGCCAACAACUUAAACUCUUCUGUCUGGAAGAUAAACAGCCUAUAUGUCUGAUUUGUCAAAUAACUCCAGAGCACAACACCCACGAAUGCUAUCCCAUAGACGAGGCUGCAGAUCACUAUAGGGAACUCAAUACUGCACUAAAGCCCCUACAGGAAACGCUGGACUGCUUCAGUCAAGUGAAACAGUCUUACCACAAAGCCACAGCACACAUUAGGAGGCAGGCCACACGCACAGAGCAGCAGAUAAGGAAUGAGUUUCAGAAGCUCUACCAGUUUCUACGAUUUGAAGAGGCAGGGAGGUUACUUGCACUGCGACAAGAAGAAGAGCAGAAGAUUCAGAUGCUGGAGGAGAAGCUGGACGAGAUCAACAGCGACAUGUCGUCUCUUUUGAAACUAAUCAGAGUGAUAGAAGAGGAUAUGUGGACUGAAGAUCUCUUAUUCAUAAAGAACUUUGAGGCCUCAGUGGCAAGAGCUCAGUGCUCCUUUGAGGAUCCACUGAUGGUUUCAGGAGCACUGAUUGACGAAGCGAAGCACCUGGGCAACCUGGCGUACAGAACGUGGGUGAAAAUGAAGGACAUCGUGCAGUACAGUCCCGUCAUUCUGGAUCCCAACACCGCACACAAAUCGCUUACACUGUCCGAAGAUCUCACCAGCGUGACAUUUGAUGAAACCCAUGACCUGACUCACCUUCCUGAUAACCCAGAACGGUUCAAAUCAAGCGUGUGUGUCCUCGGUUCUGAAGGGUUUGACUCAGGGAGCCACUGCUGGGACGUUGAGGUUGCGGAUAGGAGUUUGUGGGAGGUAGGAAUAACCACAGAGUCCAACCCAAAAAAUGCACGGCUGUUUUAUAGCGGCGUGUGGAGCGUUGAGAGUAAUUGUGGGUUUUACACUCGCUCUCCUGCUCGGCCAAAGUCUCCGUUCUCUGCUGAGGGAGGACUAGAGAGAAUCAGAGUCAAGCUGGACUGGGACCAGGGACAGGUGUCCUUCUCUGACCCGCUCUAUGACACAGAAAUAAAAACCUUCAAUUACACAUUUACUGAGAAAGUCUAUCCAUUUUUCUGGAGUCACUGUAAGAGGUCUCCUCUUAAGAUUUUACCGAUGAGCAUUUUACCCAUGACAGUUCUUGAAAUGAGUAAUGUAAGAUCUGACUGAAGGCCCUGAAUUAUCUGUUAGUCUAAUGAAGAAAAACAGAUUUGUUGAGAAACAUGUCUAUAUACACUGAUAAAUCUAUGGAAAAAAAAAAGUGAAUGCUAAUGAUUUUUGGUGCUUUGGUAUUUUAUACAAGAGAGCUAAAAUACAGAUUUUUUUUUGGGGGGGGGGGGUUAAAAUUAAAAGCAGCACAUAUGAAUAUAUUUUCUCUUUUCUUUCCUUUUCUUUCAUUUUUCAAUUUUAAAAAUUCUCUUGUUUCUUUCCCUCACACUUCAUGCCUUCCAUUUUUUUCCUGUUUCCUUGUUUUAGAAAUGGCUUUAAUAAUCCAGCUUCAUAUGUUUCCUUAACACUUCAGCAACUCAAUACAGCUUUGAAAUUAUGAUUACGCAAUGGCAAAAAUGUGAUGUGAUGCAAUGAAAUGUAAACAAUAAAUUAAACUUUCAUUGCAAAAAAUGUUUUAAUAUCUUGUGUGUGUAUUUUUUAAUUGUUCGUAUUUUGCUAAUUUUGGGCAAUACUAGGGAAAUGCACAUUUUUUACAUGGAAAUGUCCUUAGGUGGAUAGAGAAAAAAUUGUUUAGAGCAAUAAAUGAGUUACAGUCAAUAACUGUUGAUUCACAAAGGUAGAAUAAAUAUUCUUGCAAAGCAAUUUUGUAAAAAAAAAUUGUCGUGCUGUACACAAAAUAGGUGUAUUAAAUUCAG